AUGGCGGACAGGACAGAGAUGUUUUCUCUCUCCACCUUCCACUCCCUCUCUCCUCCGGGAUGCAGGCCAGCCCAUGAUAUCAGCCUGGAGGAGUUUGAUGAUGAAGAUUUGUCUGAGAUCACUGAUGACUGCGGCAUCGGCCUGAACUAUGACUCUGACCCCUAUGACAAGGACUGUUUGAUCCUGGAGAAGAAUGAAUUCCACCACCCAGUGUGUUCUUUCCAAGAUGAUUUCCAGGAGUUUGAGAUGAUUGAUGAUGAAGAUGAGGAUGAUGAUGCUGAAGAGGAGGAAGAAGCAGAUCCUGAUGCUCCACCGUCACCCUCCGCCUCCCCUCCACCCUCCCCCACUCUGGGCUCACUCAAGAGUCGUCCCACCACCCUGAACCUCGCUACCACAGUGUCACAGGACUCCUUGAACAACAACAGUAGUGUGUCUCCACGAAAGUCCAGCUGGCAGGAUUCCCUGCGUAAUUCCACCACACAGGGCCGUUCUUCUCCGACCCACUCCUGCCUGGAGGACGGCACCCACGUGACCGGCUCGUGCCCUGGGGCUCCUGGCAGUGGCGCCCCUGCCAAAGGUACUCCCCCAAACCCGGCCGGGCACAGCGGGCACAAUCAGUCGCCCGGCAGACCCCUGCUAUACGACUUUGAGGGGAACAGGCGUGAGCGUCCUGAAUACGGCUCCUUUGGGCAGCAUAACAGUGGUGUCAGUGAGGUAGCCGAAGUGAAUCCCCCGGAGGAAGCCCCCACUAUGGGAGAACCAGUCCCCCCAGUCGACGACUGCACCUCCCAGUGCUCCGACACAGAGGUGGAUCACGACCUCCACGCCAGCCAUGCCAAACGACGGCCCUGCCGCUCCCGGCCGGCCAACGACACAUACACCAUCACCACAGAGACGGCCGACGACCCGGAGAUGGAGAAUGAUCUGACUCUAGAUGGCACCAGUAAGUGCCUGUCAUCCACCGCACCCCUUGGCAACGACGCAGAAACGCCGCUGUCUGACGAGGAGCUGGACAAAGAGUUUGAUAUUGACUUCAUGAGCAAGGACACCUACGAUCAGGCCUGCAAGGACCCUGACGGUUCCUCUUACGUCGAGUUCCCCUGUAUUGAACCUGCAGAGCCUGCCUCUUUCUCCAGUUAUGUGUCGUCCAGUAGAUCAGAUGUACUGGAAACAGUGGAUGAACCUCGCAGGAACGCUCAGGGCCAACCGCCAGCCGCCGAAUCCAACGACACGUCCUCGCCAUCCUCUGACCCUGGCAUCGCAGACAUGAACGCCAAACGCUACGCCGAAUCUGACCGCCACAGCGACAACCUCAGCUCCCCCGGGUCGGACUCAGAUAUCGAGGGUGAACUGGAGGCAGCGUUCGCCUGCGGUGGCCCACUGGUCAGUAACAUGAUCUCGUCCAUCUCAGAGACCGAACUGGACCUGACGAGCGAGUCCAGCAGCGGUCGGUCCUCCCACCUCACCAACUCCAUCGAGGAGGCCAGCUCUCCGACCUCCGACCCCGAACUGGAUCAGGAACUGGAUGUGGAGCAGGACAGUGGUAUUGUGGGCCUGAAAGCAUCCCUGCUUCUGGGCCAAACGGAACCCAUCAAACAGGAAUCCUCACCCAUCCUGGAGAGUGGCCAGGACAUUCAGCCCCUGGAUGACGGACAGGCUCUGAUGGGUUUGCAGAACGUGGACGACGAGCUAAGCUACGAGCACCAGGCUGACCCAGAUGAAACGCUGCCCCCUGCUGUCCCCUGUCAGGACAGCGCCACGCAACAGCUGCUUCUGCAGAUCGAGCCGGACCACAGCCUGGAGAGCUUCAAACGCUCCUUCUACUUGCCUGUUGGCCCCAAGCUCAUGCCGUCCAUCGACGACUACGACGGCAACAGCGAGGGAGACUCAGAGUCUGAGUCAGAGGAUGAGCUCAGCGAGAACUCUGACUCACCCUGGUUGCUUAGCAACCUGGUGAACAAGAUGAUCUCAGAGGGUUCUUAUCCAAUCAGCUGUCCGGAAGAGUGCCUCAAACGCUCUGCCUCCAUUUCUGACACCAUCUCACCUUCUUCUGACAUAGAGGGAGAGGCCUUCACUGAACAAGUCAGCCACAGAGAACAAACACAGAAACCCACCGAAGACGCGCCAGACCAGCUCUCUGAGAGUUCAGGCACAAAGACCGGGGUAGAGGACAAGGAGGAGAGGGAGAACUGUGGAUAUGGAGAGGAAGGAGAGGAGGAGAAUGAGAGGCUCGGUUCCUGUCUGUACAUGAGUAACCCCACUAACGACACCAUCACGCCUGUCUGUAUGGAACGGUACGAAGCCAGAACCGCCAGCUCGGCCACCGACCGAGACUCGUGUGACAUCGUUCCUCUGAAGUCACUGAAAAAUGUUCUCAGAGAGGCAGAGGAAGAGGAGGAACCCAACAACGACCUAAUGAUGGAGAGGAUGAAGGACCUUGACUCCCCAAGCUUGAGCGAGAGCGUCGUCAGCGACAAGGACGAGGGGCGGGAGACGAAGGCGGAGCCGAUGUCUCUGCAGCAAAUCACGAAGGUGAAGAACAGUCUGACGCUGGACAUCCCCACGGCACAGACCAAUCGCUGCUUCAGCCUCACGUACUCCACCGACAACGAUGAGGACGACGAACAGGACCCCUCGCCGUUCCUGGAAUCGCCGCACAAAUCGCCCUACGGUCCCACCGAUGCCUAUCUGGACAGCUCGCCGCCCAUCGACGAGAGCGUCCGGGAGAUAAGGUCGACGGCAUUUGACCCCGCGCACGUGAGGCCGGUGGAUGACUCUCUGGCGUAUGACUCGAUGAAAUACACGCUGGUGGUGGACGAGAACACCACCCUGGAGCUGGUCAGUCUGAAACGCUGCAGCUCUGUGCUGAGUGAGGACAGCGACGGACUCUCCACGAUCUGUGACGAAGAGGCGCAAGAGGAGGUGGAGGAGGAGAUGGAGGGUUACAGGGGGAGUCAGAUGGACGGAAGCGUGCGGUCAAAUCUGCUGCUGAGCUCUUCGUCUGAGGAAGACUCAUCCCCUGAGGCAGACCUGCCCUUCUCCAAGAAAUUCCUGAAUGUGUUUGUCAAUAGUACGUCACGAUCCUCCAGCACAGAAUCCUUUGGACUUUUCUCCUGCACAAUAAACGGAGAGGAGAGAGAUCAGACUCACAGAGCAGUGUUCAGGUUUAUACCGCGGCAUGCGGAUGAGCUGGAGCUGGACGUUGACGACCCGUUGUUUGUGGAGGAAGAGGAGGAUGACUACUGGUAUCGGGGUUACAACAUGCGCACGGGAGCCAGGGGCAUCUUCCCUGCCUACUACGCCCAUGAGGUCAUCAGCCAACCCAAAGACCUGAUAGGUAUGAGGAGGAACCCAGCCUGGAUGGAGAGUUUCACUGUGCAGUUCCUGGGCUCUGUGGAGGUGCCGUAUCACCAGGGCAACGGGAUCCUCUGUGCUGCCAUGCAGAAGAUUGCCCUGGCGAGGAAGAGGACGGUCCACGUGCGUCCGCCGUCCCUGUGUGAGCUGGAGAUCAGCCUCCAGGGAGUCAAACUUAUCAUGAGUCUGGAAGAGGACUAUGACCUGUCAGAGGAGUUUGACAGAUGCAGUCACUUCUUCCAGAUGAAGAACAUUUCUUUUUGUGGUUGCCAUCCGAAAAACAGCUGCUAUUUUGGCUUCAUCACUAAACACCCGAUGCUCAGUCGCUUCGCCUGUCACGUGUUCGUCUCCCAGGAGACAAUGCGGCCCGUGGCUGAGUGUGUCGGACGGGCAUUCCAGGAGUACUAUCAGGAGCAUUUGGAGUAUGCCUGCCCAACUGAGGAUAUCUACCUAGAGUAA